AUGCCACGACGAUCUAUAUGGAAGGGAAGUUUUGUUGAUGCUUUCCUGUUUAGAAUAAAGAAGAACAGAGAAAGUCUGAUGAGCAGGAAAAUUUGGUCACGUAGAUCUUCUAUUUCGCCGGAAUUCGUUGAUUGCUCCGUACUCAUUUACAAUGGAAAAACUCCUGUUCGUUGUAAGAUCACUGAAGGAAAGGUUGGUCAUAAAUUUGGAGAGUUUGCUUUUACACGGAGACGAAGACCCUAUCAAACAAAUAGAGGAAAGGGCAGAAAGGGGAAAAAGUAA